GUCCUCAGUAUAGCGUCAGGGUCACCCGCGUCGCAGAAUGAGCUUGGUCUCCUCCCACGAUUCGAGCAAGGCCUCAUGCCAGCCGCCCCGAACAAUGCCGCCCUACCAGCGAUGCCCAUGCACCAUGCAGGAGGGCGCGGUGGUCCAACUUUCUUCACAAUGACCGGCAUCCCCGGAGGCUACUGGCGCUCCCCCAAAGGUGAUGGCAACUGAGUCUUGAACCAAACGACGGAUCCCCUGUCUCUCGUCUCCUGCGAAGUUGAUGCAAGAGGCCGAGCCUUCCAAAUCCCCCUAAAAGAUUCUGACCAGACCACAGGAAGCAUCCGACAAGACUCAAGAAGCGAGCGGAUCCCGCAGUGGUCUUUCUUCCCCUCCUCAACCCACGCUGCAACGUUUCGCAGUCCCCCGUGAAAGGAACCGCGCUCUCAGCCAAGUCAGAAGAGACGGAGAUCUGAUAUAACAACAGGGUGGAACGAACACUUUGCACCGAACUCCUCCUCUCAGCUGUGCACCCUUACCACAGCGUCGGCUGCAACCGGGCUGGAUCCGCUCGAGAAUCCAUCGUCGAAGCUUUUACCCUCCUGCGAGGCUGAACGCCUUUGAUUGCGAUCGGCGGAGAUCUGUUGGCAUCCCUUACCAGAUCAUCGUCUCCUAGAUUACCCUGUCGCAUAUCCUGGUCGCCGGAAGCUCAAAUUGACGUAGGAGGGGCUGUUGAUCUUUUGGCGAGCGGAUCAUAGUGGAUGUGAACGUCGCCCUCGGCUCGGGGACAGUUGCAAGGACACGAUCGACAGGCGCCGGCAACGGAUCGGACUUUGUUAUUGAGGAAGACGUCGUUGUAUCGGAGACAUUGAGACCACCUGGUGCGGCAGGAGUUCACCUGCUGAGACUCUCCUUCACCUCUAUCGAAUAUUUCCUACGAAACCCACGGCGAUGCUGGUUCACCCAUUCCAGUGACGGGGACGGCCAUGUUGCUUUCUGACACUUCAAAUUGAUCCAGUCGAUUAUCCAGUCUUCACUCUUUCUUAGAGUAUCCGGAGGUUCCCCUCGAGUAAACCAGUCAUCGACCAGUCACCCUCUAGAUUCUGCCGCACACUGUAAACAACACCCAACAUUUCAUCACAGCUACAGUUGACGAGUCCUCUUUCGAGACACCCACCUCCAUUUACUACCUCUCAAUUACAGACACCUGCAUUCGCCAUGGAGUUACGGAUACAGUACCAAUUGAUACUGGCGAUCGUUUUCCACGCAUUAGUACAGAGCUCAUCCGCCACCGUGUCAUUCCCCUCAAUCCAAGCGAUAAUCGGCUUCUCGUCCUCAUGUACCCUUGCGUACGACACUCCAGUCAACGACUGCGAUCUAAAUGAUUUCCAAGGCAUCGGAGGAACAGGCACUUGCUCGAACGACUGUCAGUCAAGCCUGGAGGCAUCACAGAGAUUUGUACAGCGGUUUUGUUCGGGGGAACAAGCGGACGGAAACUCGUUGAUCGGACAGCUUUUCGUCGGGAAUGUUGUGGAUUUCCUGUGCGGGGACAACAAUAGCGGUGGUGCAACAACGGCGACGACAACGCAAGGCACGACCGAGGCGACGCAGACUUCUACUUCUGCAGAGACAUCGAUGAGCAUGGCCACUGACACCGCUUCACCAGGAACGAGCGCCACCGAGACAUCCUCACUACCAUCCACGCUUACAACUUCUGUGAGCCAGACUGGAUCUGCGAGCAAGACCACUAGUACUAGCAAGGCCGAGAGCACCAAACAGUCGUCCUCGACAUCAACCUCGAUGCCAACCUCUAUCGAAUCGGCAACUUCAACCCUCACGGCCAUCUCGUCUUCCUCCAAGAGUUCGAGCGCUUCAACAGCGACCUCAACAAGCAACACGUCAAACUCGCAAGAGUCGGGUGGAGGCAGUGGUGGGGGCAGUCCCUUCGAUGGGACAUUCUCUUCGCGUGCUUCUUCAAACCCUCUGCAAUUACACAGUGCAAUAUUGGCCUUUGCUGGUUCAGCUCUGCUUUUCAUGGCCGUGGGGUGAUGUCGGUCGAAAAUUGUCAGGAUGAACAGAAGGGAAGGGAGCAUACCUGGUACCCGACUAUUCACGAAGAGCGAGUGACUAUCCUUUACUUCGAUGCAUUGCAACGAGGACGAUGGUGUGUCCACAAGCAAAGAAGGACAUAAUUUCGGUGGGAGGCGCCAUCGAGUUGGUUUACGAACAUCACUUAAUGUCUACACAAAACUCGGCGCAGCAAGCAACAACGAAAUAUCGACGAUGACGACCACGAACAUGCAAUGCAGAUGACGGCCGUUACGGAAACGGAGUCAGCUCCAAGCAGGAGCUGUUAUUUUGCCUUUUUUCCGUUAGAGAUGAGCACAAAGGGAUGCCAGGGAGAGGCCUAUCUGGGAUCCGGGAUCUUUGAUUGGGUUAUGUUUUGGGCCAGAGGCACGAUUUGGUUUGCAGGGCAAAGCAAGUUGUCGUCCUCUUUGGGUCUGGACGCGAGACUCGAGAUGUGUUGUACGAUAACCCGCUCCUGGGACAGAGGGAAGAAUGAGCAUGUCAUGUAAUAUUAGGGAAUGAGGCUGGCGCAAGGAUGCUGUGAGCAAGAAGCAGCAUCGCCGGGCGUCACAUCUGGCUAGAAAAGCCCAUAUUGCCACAAUACACAGGAUCAGAAACGAC